AUGUUACCAUGGACUGUUAUAUUUUCAGCCGAGGUUAUGUUCUCAUUCAUGUGGAUUCUCAGGCAACCCUUUUACUGGCGGCCAGUUACUCGAACGGUCUUUCCCGAGAAGGUGCCUAAGGAUGAGGACUUACCUAGACUCGACGUGUUCAUAUGUACUGCUGAUCAUAAUAGAGAGCCUACUUUUAAGGUUAUGAACACCGUUGUAUCAGCUAUGUGCUUAGAUUAUCCUAGUGAAGAGUGUGAUAAAUAUGAGAGUUUCAAGCAGCGAGUGGUCAACUGGAAGGAAAGAGGUGACAAUGAUGCUAAGGGAAAUGCAUUCGAUCAUCCAGCCGUUAUACAGGUAAUAAAUGAGAACAUCUUAGAAGAUGAUGCAGCAACGAUAAAUCCAGAAAGUAUACGCAUGCCUCUACUUGUUUACCUUGCUCGAGAAAAAAGACCAACUCAACCACAUCACUUCAAAGCUGGAGCUCUUAAUUCUCUGCUAAGGGUUUCAAGCACAUUGAGUAAUUCUCCCUACAUCUUGGUUCUAGACUGUGACAUGUACUGCAAUGACCCGAUUUCGGCCCGCCAAGCAAUGUGUUUUCACCUUGAUCCUAAGAGUUCUUCUUGGUUAGGUUGGGUUCAAUACCCUCAAAAAUUCCAUAAUAUAAGUCAGAGUGACAUCUAUGACAGUCAGAUGAGAGUAGCAUGGCCGGUACUUUGGUCAGGGAUGGAUGGACUUCAAGGGCCAACUCUAUCUGGUUCAAAUUUUUACAUUAAGAGGAAGGCCUUGUUUGGCGAUGACAUUAACGUAAUACAUGGUAAUGACAUCAAAGAAUUGAAAGCGAUUUUUGGUCCUUCAAAUGAGUUCCUUAAAUCUCUUGGAAAAAACUGCAAGCCAAAUGCAAUCAAAGAAAAGAAGCAAAUUUCCUCUGUUUUUCUGCAAGAAGCUCAAUCCUUAGCCUCUUGCUCUUAUGAAGAGAGCACACAAUGGGGUAAAAAGAUUGGGUUUAACUAUGAGUCAGUAGUAGAAGAUGUGAUGACUUCUUUUAUGCUACAAAGCAAAGGAUGGAGGUCUGUUUACUUGAAUCCAUCAAGGCCUCAGUUCUUAGGUUCCGCUACAACGAAUCUAGAUCAAGCACUCAUUCAACUCUCCAGAUGGACUGCAGGGCUUCUUCAACUUGGUCUGUCCAAGUAUUGUCCUCUUUUUUACAGUACAUCAAGAAUGCAAAUUUUUCAGCAGAUGCUGUACUCGUCGAUUUCAUUCUUGUCCCUUGAAUUUCUGCCGGUUUUAUGUUUUGCUAUCGUUCCCCCUACUUGUCUCUUCUAUGAAAUCCCUUUAUACCCUAAGGUUUCAGAUCCAUUCUUUGUAGCGUUUGCUUAUGUAUUCAUAUCAUCACAACUGAAGCACCUAUAUGAGGCUAUUAUCCUUAGCAGAGGCUCAAUAAGCUCUUGGCUCAACGAGCAAAGGAUAUCGAUUAUAAAAGAUGUAACAAGCUAUGCUUACGGAACUCUAGAGUGUGUCAUGGCAAAGUUGGGAAUCCGAGAGGCAAGUUUUAUACCUACAAAUAAAGUUGAAGAUGAUGAUACAACUAAAUGGUAUCAACUCGGCAAGUAUGACUUUCGUACAUCAUACGUGUUUCUUGUCCCGAUUGUGACCUUAGUUACAUUAAAUCUCUUCUGCUUUGUUGGUGGACUAGCAAGAGUCAUUGUUGCUCGAAGUUGGGAUGCAUUGUUUGGUCAAGUGUUUUUCUCAUUGUACGUGUUGAUCAUGAGUUUUCCGGUGAUUGAGGGUAUGUUGUUAAGGAUGGACAAUGCUAGUGUUCCUAUAUCGGCUACUUUGAUAUCAACUUCAUUGUCUUCGAUUGUCUUGAGUUUAGGAUGCUUCAUUUUUUUGCAUUAG